AUGCACUUGUUUGAUGAGCGAAUGCAGCAAACGUUGGCACAACACCAGGACACAUACGAGCGUGCCAUCCUGAAUGAAAACACGGAAAGGUUUUGGACGUGGUUCAUAGCCAUGUGGGUGAGGUUAUAUCCCGAGUCAUUUACUCAUCCCUGGCAGAAGGAGUAUAACCACAGCUAUUACAACUGCUAUAAGCGAAUUGAAAACUGGAUGGACGCCUUUGGAGGUCAACAAGCCAAGGACGACCUUGCCGCUUCCUACCGUGACUCUUCCAGUAGUAACGAAUCAUCGUCUGACUGUGAAGACAGCUCCGAAUCCAGCUCUGCCAGCAGCGACUCCCUAUGUGUUAUUGCCUCGGAUAUCAAUGCCGCAGAGGUGGACUACGAUGAUAGACACCUCGUAAGGAGGAAACAAGUAGCGAGGCAGCUACAGCUACGAGCCAAAACCAGGGUUUUCGCCUGGUGCUUAGCGAUGCAGGCUAAUGGACUCAACAAUGUGUCGGAAUGGGAGAGAGUUGAUGUGGACACGUGGGUGGAGGCGACGGGUUAUAGGGAGCUGCAAGAUGAUGUUUAG